UUAUCACCGGGAUUUAACCACAAGAGCUCUACAUUUGUACCGUUUGUAGUGUUUUGUAAAGUUAGUAAUCUUCUAGGUUGACAGGCUUUAACCAAUUGCUAUUUACUUCCGCUGUUUUCGCAUUGCGUCAAUAAUAGUCCGUUAACGUGGGAAGCCACGCGGUUUCUUUUUUAGGCGUUUUAAUAUCUUGGAGGCACUUUAGCUUCAAGAUGAGCUCUCAAAAAGGAAACGUUUCCAGAUCGCGAGGACAGAAACACCAGAAUGUUACUGCCUACAAAAAUGACAAGUAUGGUGCAACCGCACAAGUUAAGAAAGCCAAUUCUAAGGUUCAUGAUGGUCUCUGCCAGCACUGCAAAGAUGUACUAGAGUGGAAAGUCAAGUACAACAAAUACAAACCUCUUACACAGCCACGCAAAUGCGUAAAAUGUCUUCAGAAAACAGUGAAGGACGCCUAUCAUAUCAUGUGUAAACCAUGUGCAUUAAAGUUAGAGCUUUGUGCCAAAUGUGGGAAUAAAGAAGAAAUUGUCAUUCCGCUUGACCAGAAUGAUAAAGAAGAAGAGGUAGAGGACAUCAGCGAGCCAAAUAAAGGAAAGAGGUCCAAAAAAAGAGAUGAAGAUGAGGAUGAUGAGGAUUUUGAUGGCAUGGGUAUCAGCGACGAUGACUGUGAUGGUGAUUCAGAAGCUGAAGAAAAUUAACAUUACCAUCAAAUGUCUAAACUUAAGACCAGAGAAUCUGAGGAAACCUAAUGGAGGUUGGACUCACCUGUUCCCCUGAAAGACUCCAGCAGGUGUUUUCCUUUUGUCUUCAUGGACUGUUUGCUUUCUGAACCACUUGCAAGGAAGGAUCCUGCAGGAACUGACACAGAAACCUGAGGCAGAAAUCUUUUUAAGUAGAUUUUUUUUAAAGAUGACAUUCAGGUUAUUUGUUAUGAACGAUUGAUUCAUAUUGAGAAGCUAUUUAAAUGAAAAAUGUCUCAUAUUCAAAUGAAACUCAUUUGGUCUUCAGAUUGUUUUAUGCAAGUAAAAAAAGCUUAAGUAAAUAGAAAAUAGUAAUGAAAUAGGCAAUUUUUAAGGAACAAAUAACCAGUGGGAACAAACAAACAAAAAAUAAUAAGACAUAUAUACAUACAAAUAUGCAAAUACAUGCAUUCCACACAUGUAUAUCCAUAUUCGAUAUAUCCAUGUAUCCAUAUACAUUCAUAUAUAGAAUAUAAAUUAACCAUCAAAAUAAAUGAAUAAAAACAAAAUAUAAUAAAAGGUUGCCAAACAUUCUCACAAUGAUGCAUAACCUCUAGAAUUAUGUAAAUGUUGAAUUAUAGAUAAUUAUAUUGUCGUUGUGGAGAGAGCCAGCCAUUUACUCCAUUUCUCUUCAAAGAUCUCUAAUUGUAAUCGAAGUGCAUGUCAUUUUUUUUCCAUUUCCUUAACUUCAGCUAUAAUUUUUUCAUCCAUUCAUCUUGGGUCUUCUUUAUACCAUUUCCAGGUUAUAGCUUUUUUUACUUGUUGCCAAAAAUAUCUUAAAUAGAUAUCUAUCCUUCUCUUCAAGUUUAAUAGGAAUAUCUCAUAGAUAAAGUACUUCGAAUGGUCUAGGAAUAUGAAGUUCAAAAAUAUCAUUGAUGGCGGAGAGCACAGUUUCCCAAAAACAGUUAAUUCUUAAGCACUGCCAGAAGAAAUAGUCAUUUUUUUAUUAAAAAUAAAAAAGUAAACAAUGUGACAUACUGCUUGAUUAGCUCUGUUUAUGAAGAAAAUAACUUUUUUCCUCACCAUUUACAAUUCUUCACCAUUUACUCACUCAGGUGCUAAAUUUUUAUGAGUUUCUUUUUCUGUUGAACACAACAAAAAUCAGCAGACAUUGGGCCCGUUUCAGAAAGGUUUCAGUAAACUCAGAGAAUUUUAACCUUGAAAUGAGAGAAACUGAGUUUUCCAUUUCAAAAUGGCAGGUUUGUCGAUCUCGAGAAAGCAGGGUAAGUCAAGCCUGUUUCUGAAAGAGAGGUAACUUUUACUCGGAGUCAGUUACUGUGGUAACUUACUCUGUGAACCUAACCUGGUCAGGAGCAGGUUUUAUUCUCUAAACUCUGAGUUUCUGUCUCCACCCCCUUUUUUUUAAAGGUUUUUUUUUUUUUAUUUCUCACAUUAGCUUUACAUUUCCACCCAUUGAUAUUAAUGCUUAUUUUGGAGAUGCGCAUAAAAUGAUUGAUGGAAACGUCAUGAUGCACAUAACUUUUGAAAAUACGCAUAAAAAACACGUGCAUAACUGAGCAGGAUAAACGUUUAUUCGAUAGAAAAGAUGCACAUGAACAGCAAUGAAAACACUUUAACUGAACAAAUUACAGUAUGUGCAAUAAAAAAUGUUUGUUAUAAGAGAUCAUAUGAUGAAAAUGUGUGUGAAUGGACAAACCAGCUGGCUGAGCACACUGUAACAUCUUAAAUGUUGUUUUGGUUAUUCUAAAAUGCCUUAACCGUUUCAGUAUUAAUGUUAUUAUAUUAUUAUAAUGAACUCCUGAGCGUCUGGAGCGUGUCAAGAGCGUCUGUUCCCCGCGUCUCAUGGCUUCAAACGCCCCCACGCAUUCAUUGUGUGUCAGCAUUGUCUUCUGAGCUGCAAGUACAUUUAAUAAAUAAAGUAAAGAUUGACGCAGCUUCUUCUCCUGCAGUAAAUUCUGUUUUUACUGGUGAUAUUUGGCACCAGUUGAUCAGGAAGUGAUGAUUUUGUCCUCUUUGAUUCGUUGGACGGAAAACGCUGCUUUAUUUGCAUCUUUUAUGCGUUAUUCCAGGUUUGCACAUACAUUUUAUUAAUAUAUUUGAAUGGAAACAUAGCUAUUGCCUACAUUUCAUUCACACAAAGAACAAAGUCUUCUUUCUAAAAACUAUUGUUUAGUUCUGCUUACAUUCUAAAUGUCAUAUCAACCUCUGUGACUUGAUCAAUAAAAAAAGGCAGACACAAGUGCAAUUUUAAAUCUAUUAAAACUGAUCAACGUGUAUAAAAGUGGGAAUGUGUAAAAAAAUUUGUAAACGUAACGCAUAACAUUACUUAUAUUAUACUUAAAUAUUUAAAUACUUUAUAUGUAAAAUAACACAUUAACUUGAGGUGUUUUCCCACGCUGUCUCUGUUUCACUGAUGCAGUGGGGUUGCUUUUUAAAAUAUAUGCUCAUAUUUGCUUUAACUUUGCAUGAGCACAUCAAGUUCAGCUGGAGGCAGAAAUGCUGAUCUCUUUUCUUCAGAUGUUGCCAUGGUCACUCGUAAUAUCUGUGCUCCAUUGAUAAUGCCUUUUUAUAGUCACGGUGUGUGCACUUAACCCUGAGUUGGUCUACUCAAAGUUGAUUGACCCAACUCAGAUCUGCUAUUCUGAAACCAAAAACUCUUGAGUUUUUUAAUCUCUCGGUAAAUAAACUCGAAGUUCAAGUUUAAACUCCGAGUUGGUUGAACCUCCUUACUGAAACAGGCCCAUUGACAUCCAUAGUCAACCAUACUAUUAUGGUAGGCAGUGGCUACUGGUUUCCAACAUUCUUCAGAUUUGAAUAUCUUGUUUUGUCUUCAAGAUAUUUGUGAGCAAUAUGUUCAUGUUUGAAACACUUUAGCAUGGUAAUAUAAGCGGUCACUAAAUAUUUAAUGUACAAUGUAAAAACAUUUAUAUUACUAAUACAGUGCAUAUACUGUGUAGCUGCAUGUAUUUCCAGCUCCAGCUUCCAAAAGGUUUGGCCAUUUUGUAAAAAUGCAACAUGAUCAAGAAUUGUUAAAUUUUUUAUUAUAUUCAUUUAAUUUUCAAAAACACAAAGAAAAGAUUUCCAGUGUUACAUAUAUCGUAAAUGAAAACAACAAAUGUAUUCUGAUAACCCAACACUCAAAAGUGAAAUCGUGAAAAUUUUAGCUCUUUCACCUGAAAAGAUUCAGGUAAUUCAGAGAAAUCAUAAAGUCUGGGAAAGGCAAGAAUCCAAAGCUGAAUCUGCACAACCUUUGAGCCCUUAGAUUGCACUGUGUAAGAAAAAGUCAAGCUGAGGUGGUAAAUCGAGUCAAGUGGAGCUUUAUUGUCAUUCCGCUACAUAAGUGGAUCUAGGACCAUGGUGCUACAUAAAUAAACAAAAAUAUAAACACAACACUGGACCUUAACUAUAAAGCUACUUAUAACCUAUACAUAACUAACAAACCAAAAUAUAUCCUAAUGGUCUCAAAAGUCUGCUGCCGCAUCAAGAAAUGCAAGUUACUCAAAGAAAAAGCAAUUGAUCAGUUCUAUGCUGUGCAGUGAUGCCUCUGUUUCCCUGGGCCAGAGCUCAUAUACGCUUUCCAAAAAGACAGUGGAAAUGUGUGCAGGGGUCAGAAGACUCCACAUUUGCUGUUUUUAAACUCGAAAACCAAUCUCAAGUUCUCAAUUUUAAAUGACCAUCCAGACAUUCAUGAGCAAACAUCUGCCAUGGUGUGGGUAACUGUAAUGAGCAUGAUUUUUAUCAUUGGCAUGGAGCUAUUUAUUGGGAUAGUACAUUUACUGCCAUCAAGAUGUCAUUCAUGGAAAGUCUAUGUUUAUUACAUGAAGUCUGAUUCUAAAUUUAAUGGCAUGUUUUCAUAAAGAUGGAGUGAAUGUACCUGUUGUCCAACUCUUGUCUUCUAUUGAAAAUGAAGAUGAAAAUCAGUGACUGUGGAGUAGCUGAACUCUUAUUUCAUUUCAGAUUUGGAAAAAAUGUUGCUUCAUCUGUUAUACUCAAUACCCAAAACAUUAAUGAUGUUAAACGCCUCUCAUUUCCAUCUUUUUUUGGACUGUGCUGCAGCCAUCAAAAAUAAAUUUGAUUUAAGCUUGCAGACAUCCAUUUAUUUGGUCAAUAAAAACACUGGAAACCUU